CUCGAUGGAGCUAAAACCUGUCGCCGACAAGGGCACGCAUCGGCCUGCACGCAACUCUCGUUCGCUGCUCCAAUCUCUCGCCUCCCUCCUGUCACUUCUGUCCUCCUCUUCGGCAAUCCGCGAACUCUUGCCACCGCUCUUGCAUCUCCGCCAUCUGUGCUUCGCUUGGACAAGAUUUUUCCUCGAUCGCUGUUCCACAACGCACAAUCUGCAGAAAUUUUGAACCACUGCAACGCAACUCCGCACCGCAGCCAUGCCCAAGGCCCUUCAAAAGCGCGGCCGGCGCAUGAAGCGUAAGCACGACGACGAGCAUGACGAUCCGCAGACAGAAUCUCUCUCCAAGCGGCAAAAACCAAAUGACGAAACCGAGGCCAUGGAGGACUCUGCUGAACAGAACCUGACUAUGCACGGCUACGACGAGGACAUGUCGAGUGCGUAUCCAGGUGGUGCAGAAAAGGCCUUCUUCGGUGUGCUCGACGAACAGGAACAGGAAUUUUUCAAGAAUGCCGACAACCUGCUCGAACAGGACGACUUCCCCAAUUCCGAGGAGCGAGCGGCAUUUCUGCAGAGUGUUUUCCGAGAAGCAGACGACAAGGCCCUCAAACUAGCACAGAGCCAGUCAUGCUCGCGAGUACUGGAACGCUUGAUCAAACUGUCAAAUGCAUCACAACUGAAAGGACUUUUUCAAAAGUUCAGUGGCAACUUCAUACAUCUCUUAUCGCAUCGUUUCGCAUCGCACUGCUGUGAAUCUCUCUUCACCUACGCCGCGCCACAUGUCAGUGAGGAGCUCAAAGCCAAGCCCUCUGAGCUCAAAUCUGAGAACCCCGACGAGGUCUUCGUUUCCAUGGAAAAUCUCUUCCUGCACACUCUGGCCGAACUCGAGGGCAAUUUCGGCUACCUACUAACGGAAAAGUAUGCGUCUCAUGCUCUGCGCAUUUUGCUGCUCGUACUUGCUGGAGAGCCGAUCUCUACCGAAUCGAUGAAGAGCUUGCUUCGCAGCAAGCGGAAGGAAGGUGCGCCGGGGAAGGGCGGCAAUGAAGCAACAGGGAAGACUCGACCAGUGCCGAAAUCAUUCUCUGUGGCCCUGGAGAAGCUUAUCAGCGACAGUGUGGCUGGGCUCGAUACUGACAAGCUCCGGGGACUGGCCACGCAUCCUAACGCUAACCCGACGCUCCAAGUUCUCCUCACACUGGAACUUACACACUACGGAAAGCAGCGUGGAAAGGAAGAAAAGUCCAUCAUCCGGACUUUGCUACCAGAUGAGGUGUUUACGGAAGAAUGUGACAGUGCGAAAUUCCUUUCUGGCCUUGUUUUCGACCCUGUUGGAUCUCACCUGGUCGAGAAGAUCAUUCAACAUGCCCCUGCGAAGCUGUUCAAAAGCAUGUACAAGACCUUCUUCAAGGAACGUCUUGCAACACACGCCAGAAACGAAGUGGCGACCCACGUUGUCUGUCGUUUGCUGGAACGGCUGGGCUACGAUGACUUGCUCGAGGCACACGAGAUUUUAUUACCCGAAAUACCCGGACUCCUCCAGAAGCACUGGACGGCAAUGCCUCAGACCAUGAUCGAGCGUUGCGCAGUGCGAGACAUCGACACGCAAGCGAUUGCUGUGCAAAUAGACCAGUUUUACUCGGGAGAGACAGGCUUCGACAUUGUGAAGAUGUUACAUGUUGACGACAAUCGCAAAGAGGAUGCAGCAGUAUCGGCCAAUGGCCAAGUGGGUACCGGGUCCAACAUGGCAGCAACAUUCUUCCCGCGUCCCUCGGAAACCAACAAAGUGCAGUUCAACAUUCUCGCACAGGCCAUGCUAAUUGUUCCGGGAUCGCUCAGCGCCCUCGUCCUCGAUUCACUGACGGCUCUUGACAAGGAAGUCAUGUUGAAGAUGGCCAAAGAUUACAUUGUCACCCGGACUCUGCAACAAGCACUUACCACAAAGAAUGCGUCUAUGGUGCAGAGAAGAAAGCUGAUUGCGCGCUUCCAGUCUAACAUCGGCGAGAUGGCUUUGGACAAGUCUGCAUCGCAUGUUGUAGAUUGUAUCUGGGAAGGUACGCAUGGGCUUGCGUUCAUCCGCGAACGGAUCGCGGAGGAAUUGGCUGAGAAUGAGGCUGCAUUGCGCGAAUCGGCAUGUGGCAGGGCCGUGUGGAAGAACUGGAAAAUGGACAUCUACAAGCGAAAACGACAAGAAUGGAUCAGGCAGAGCAGGAUCAAGGCAAGCAACGACGGAUUCCAGGCAUUUUCGGAGAUUGAGGCUCGAAAGGAGGAUGGUCCGAGGAAGACGCCUCUCCAAAUGGCGCGGGAACGCCAUGCGCAAAAGAAGAUGAAGAGCGAAAAGGAGGAGAAAGAGCCCAAGAAAGAAGCCGCUUCCGAAGAUGGCAGCAAGAAGGUGAAGAAGGAGAAAAGAUCAAAGUCCAGCAAAAGCUCCCAUGGCUCUCGUGGAUCCAUGAAUGGGUCCAGCACGCGUCCCCAACGUGUGCAGUCUGCAACCGCAAGCUCGUAGAUUGGCGAUAUCUGUGAUAUCUUCUUCAGCAUCGGCCGAACGAUCCAAGGGAUUCUCGGCGCCACUCGGACUAGCGGAUCUUCCCCAGAUCCUAGCUCACCACGCAUUGCAUCAUCUCGGCUGC